AUGUCUCAGUCUGACUCUGGUUCAAGUUAUGUCCCAUCGGAUGCAGCCAAUUCUACUCAUGAACGACGCACUAGGCGAAAUCGUAGCGGCCCCACAAAUUACUAUGCCAAAGUUCGGGGGUUCCCCGGCUACGAGUCAGACGAGGAUGAAGAGGAGAUUGAAGAACAGGCGAACCCCGAUGAUUUCAGCACCCCACGGGAUGACGCCACCCACCAAACUACACAUGAACUGCUCAACCCAGUUCCUGAACCUACCGUUCCAUUGAUUCGCUCAAUAUAUUGCUCUGGUUAUCUUCAGGUUCUACAGGAACCUUUGCCUGCCCCAGUUGAUGAACUAUUCGAGGAAUAUGCGCCGUACUCUUCGCAACAUGAUAGAACUGGGUUUGGAGAGAGGUGCGCGAGUGAGAAUCUUGAAAAGGAUGACCCCGAGGGACGAGUGAUACAUGCAGACUUUGAUCAAAGCGAAAUGGAGGCGUUAUUCCACGUUAUGACGAGGAACCUUUCAACCGAAUCAGAUAUGGCUUUGCCAGAUCUGCUAAUACAAACCACUCGGAAAUUUUAUCCUCACCGCGACCAACAAAAAGUCCUUGCGCAGAAAAUUUCAUACCUAAACGCUCUUCGCAAGUGCUUACUCAAGAUCACAAAUGACCCAGUCUCAUUCCUGCUCCAUCACCGUAACGAACGAAGUUCUUGGAGGGAAGGCGAUAACAAAACUCCGCAGCGUGGGACAAUACGGCAAAUUUUAUUCUAUCUUCAUAUAGUCCUCGGUUUACCGCCGCCACCAAACCGUGUCUAUCAUGUUCACGAUAUCCUACAGAGUUUACGUCAAAUUAAUAAGGACGACUUUCAAUAUUUACUCUCGGUCAUAAACUGUUUCAAACACCGCAGGAGACGGCAUGUCUGUGCCCUUCUUUCUGACGCUGCAGAUGGGCUGCUUUCCUCCGCGCCAUAUCUUUUACGAGCGAUCUCAUCCCAUGCGUUUUACUCAUCCCCCGACUUCGAGUGUAUGAAACCUUCCGCCUUACUCCGGGAACGUGAAUUGGGUCAAAAGGCGUAUCGGCGAAAGACCCCUAUUUACCAUAACAUCCAAUCGAGUAAAAGCUUGGAACUCUGGAAGGAAUGGAAAGGCGCAUCGAAUGAUGUAAUGGUCCUCGCUUGGUCCUCGGACGGAACCCGAUUUGCUGCUGGUGCCGCUGCCCAGUCUGAUGAACAUAAUAUGAUUUACAAUCGGAACAAUAAUCUUCUUCUCGGGGACCUAACUUGCAAUUCCCUGAAAGAGUUGCCCGAUCACCGUGUCCGUCGACCUAUACCAAACAACGUCGCGGAUCCCAACCUGUAUAUGACUGUCAGUGCGGUCAGUUGGCGCGGGGAGACUCUUUAUACCGCUAGUUACGAUAACACAGUUAAGAUAUGGGACGUCUCUACACACACUGGUGCUAAAUGUGUUAAUACCCUUCCACACCGUGGAAGGGUGAUGGUCAUGGCUGUAUCUAAUUCCGGACCCAUUGCAACAGGGUGUGACUCCGCUCCUCAUAUCAAACUCUGGACAAAGACAAGUGGCCAUGGCUAUAUACCGGACGUUCUAAUCUGCAAUCCAACGAGAAAUGUUCCAAUGAUACCUUCUUCUCUAGCUUGGGGCACACAGUCUGCGGAUAAUAUUCUUGUAGCUGGUCUCGCUGCUCGCGAGGAUGAAAAGUUUCGAAACGGUCAUCUUGCUGUCUGGCAGAUGGGAGAAUCGACUGUCUCUCCCCUGGUAGUGUCGCCUAAUUCCCAGAACGUGUUCGAUGUGACAUGGCAUCCGACGGCUCGUAUAUUUGCAACUGGCAGCACUGUCGAGUCCUCACCUAUUGCCGUGGGUCGCGCGAAAACAAUUCGCUCUCUUGUCCGUGUCUAUGACCCUUUUAGACCAAAGGCCACUUGGGGAGCUCACAUUACUUAUGAAUGCCCAGCUCUGGAUAUCAAUGACGUCACAUUUUGCCCUGCCGAUAGCAAUUACAUUACCGCUAGCUGCACGGAUGGGGUUACAUACGUGUGGGAUUACCGUAGCCCCGGCCGGAUCCUUCACAGACUUGCCCAUGGCGCACCCAUUUCCGAACUGGAUUCAAAUGUUUCUCGAGAACAACAUGAUACCGGAGUGCGAUUAGCCCUGUGGAAAAAUAAUUGGGUUGACCAGUUUUACACCGGAGGGUCAGACGGAGUCCUCAAAAAAUGGAAUAUCCUCAGAGCGCCGGAAGAUGUCCUUGUUGAAAAUACCGCAUACUUUGACCAGGGAAUCAUGUCUGGUGCAUUCUCCCCUGACUUCACUAAUCUGCUCAUUGGGGAUAGCUGUGGCAGUAUCCAUGUUCUAUCUAACGCCCCAUUUUCUCACGGAGAUAUCAACAUGGCUUACGAACCUGCUAGCAAGGAGAGAAAUUUGGAGGAUGAUGGUGAUGACAAAUUAGGCAUCAAAACCGCCAAAGAGCUCUUAUCAUCUGGAAAACUACGCCGUCAUCCUGUAUUCGGCGUUGGCCAGGGUCCGCGCUAUGACGGCCCAUACGCUUCAUGGGCAAGACAAGAGGGAACUCCGAGAGAAGCGCUCGCACGUACACCCUUGCUGCCGGAAAUCCAAGCCACGCAGCUGGACGGCUCGCUUAGUUUACGACAUCAGCUUGAGAGGGAAGAUAAAAAGCAGCUGGACUUGCGAAUACAGGGAGCAAUUGCUCAAAAUCAGCAGCGCGGGAGAAAUAAGCGGAAGGGGAGUCAUGAUAUGAGCCAACCUUCCAUUGUUUCGUCUUCCACCUCCUCCCUUUCCUCUCCCUUCUCCCCUUCGUCCCUCCCGUCGCGGGUCUCCUCAUUCUCCCCCUCCAUCUUUGUUUCUCACAACCAUUCCGAAAUGGCUCAUCAGUACAUCAUCAGCCUUCUUUCAUCAGAUGACGAGUCUGAAUCUUCUUCUGCCCGGCCUUCUUCCUCGGCUCAGAUCAAGUCUGAGUUCUCGUUUCCAGCGACGUUGGAUUCGCCCGCUUGUAUUGAUCUUACAGGGGACUCAGAGGAUGAAGCACAGUUCCUGCCGCCGCCGCCGCAGCAGCAGCAGCAGGACGAACAGGCUGGAGUUCUAAGUUCGAUUGAUGAGAACGUUGACUGGCCUAGCGACCAAUCGGAGGACGAUUACUGGUGGCCGCGCAAUUGUGAUAUUGAUCCUAAUCUUCGGGGGGACGGGGCUUGA